AUGACAGAUUAUCAGACCUACAAUCCGCAACACCAUGUCGGAGGAGGAGUAGGAGGAAUGCACCAGCAGCAGUACACCAACACCUCUCCGCGGGCUCACCAAGCAGUCAAAGCAGCCACGGCCGCCACCGCCGGUGGCUCACUCCUGGUUCUCUCCGGUCUCACACUGGCCGGGACUGUUAUCGCACUGACAAUCGCCACUCCGCUACUUGUGAUCUUCAGUCCGGUGCUUGUCCCGGCUGCCAUCACCGUGUUUCUUCUGGCCACUGGAUUUUUGACGUCGGGAGGAUUUGGAGUGGCGGCGGUGACGGUGUUAUCAUGGAUUUACAAGUACGCGACUGGUGGGCACCCACCAGGGGCUGACUCACUGGAUCAGGCUAGGGAUAAGUUGGGCUACAAAGCUCGGGAGAUGAAGGGGAGGGCGGAGCAAGCCACCGGAAUGGGACACCACCAGAGAGCUGAUCUGUAG